CAAAAAUGUCUUGACAUGGAAAAUCAAAUAAUUAUUUUGUGUACCCAGCCAAUCUGCCUCGGACUGCACAGAUCAGACUACCUGUUAGACACCACCAACAACACUGUCAUCAGGACAAAUGGGCUAACUGCCUGCAGACAGCCCCAGCUCAAGCAGACAGAGAUCAACACUAUUGCUGCCGCUGGGGCCGGCUUUGGGGAAAAGAUAGCCAGUGUGCACAAACAUGUGCUGAGUCUUCUGGGCAUAACUAAUGCCUACAAGCAUAUCCCUGAGAACAGAGCUCUGGACUCCCAGGUGGAUGGCUUUGUAGCAGCAUGGGAGCAAUAUGGAUCACAGAAAGCCAUCAUAGUGUUUGUAGUAGAGGAGGAGAGGUGUAGAAACGUCUUUGGGCAGAGACUGUCAGAAUUUACAGUUAUGAAAAGACAUCCCAGCAUAACAGUAAGAAGGUACAGCUUGAGACAGAUCGCAGAGGAUGCUGAGCUGAAAUCAGACAAGACACUUUUCAUUCAUGGAUCUGAAGUUGCUGUUGUCUACUUUCGAGCUGGAUAUUCACCUGACCACUAUCCAACUGAAAAGGAAUGGAUUGCCCGCCUGAAGAUUGAGAGAUCCGGAGCGAUCAAGUGCCCGUGUAUAUCCUACCACCUGGCAGGGACUAAGAAGGUGCAGCAGGAGUUAGCCCAGCCUGGUGUACUGGAGAAGUUCCUAGAAGAUCCAAAGGCAGUGAGCAGAGUUAGGGCCACCUUUGUUGGACAACAUACACUGGAAAUGGGUUUAGAGGGAGAUCGGACAGUACAGAUGGCCAUGAGAUGUCCUGAAGAUUACGUCAUGAAGCCACAAAGAGAGGGGGGUGGUAACAACAUCUAUGGAGACGACAUUAAGACUGUCAUCAACAAACUAAAGGGCUCUGAAGAGAGAACAGCCUACAUCAUCAUGGACCUGAUCUGCCCUACUGUGGUACAAAACUACCUCAUGAGGCCUGGAGACAGGCCUAAACUACAGGGUUCUUCAUGUGAACUGGGCAUUUUUGGAGUCUUCAUGGCUAAUGGGGACCGAGUGCUACACAACAAGCAGGGGGGACACUACCUGAGGACAAACCAUUCAUCAACAGCGGACGGAGGAAUCACUGUUGGAAAUUCUGUCAUAGACAGCCCCUAUCUUGUCUAAUGCACCUAAGGACCUAACAAAUAGCUAUAUUUCACUCCAUACCACAGGUGUAGGAGUUCAAUAUAACUAUUUUUCUGUGUUUUGUCUUCUCCAUUAAUUUUG